AUGAAUGAGACUCUCAAAUCAGAUUCGGACUGUGCAGUUUGUUUACAAAAAUGCAACCACCCUACCAAAUUACCAUGUGGACAUGUUUUUUGUUUCCUUUGUGUCAAGGGCAUUGCUUUCCAAAGUAGAAAAUGUGCCAUGUGCCGGGCUGAAAUUCCUCAAAAUUACUUAGAUAAUCCUAUAUUACUGGAGAGUUUAUCAACUGGGGGAGUUGGUGGAAAAUAUGACGAGCGUAGUAACACUGAAUUAGAAACGGCUUAUAAUGCUGGUGAUCCAGCUUGUACCCUACUGCUUGCUGGGACAUUGUACAACAUAGAUUUCCAUAGCAUGACACAAGUCCGGCGAAGUGACCAAACUAGGCGUCGUCGUGUACGUCGUGAUACACCAAUGUUCCCGUCCAAAGGAAUAGCAGGCAUAAAGACUUAUAACGCAACUGCUAUACCGAUACAGACCGAUAGUGAUGAAUCUGAUGAGGUCGAAGUUAUUGAAGUGGAUAAUCAAGUUAUAGAAAUUAGUGAUAGUGAUGAUAGUGUACUUAUGGAAAUCGAGACUGUCCAGGCUGAUGUCAUCAGUGACAUUGUUAAUAGAAUCAGUGCGGUUAAUUUAGAAGAAUCAACCAAUUCCGAAAAUCACGAAGAAAACUUAUCAUUUGGAACUUAA